UCUGAUGGCUGGCUGGCUGGCUGUGCUUCAUACUCCAUUAGUAUUACUUAGGCCAUCACACGGCUUCCAAUAUCAGAUUUUUGUCCAUGAUGUUUACUUUACGUUUUUCUUGCAUCCUAUCCUUUUUUCCUCUGAAUGAUGCUGCAAGUCGUCAUACAUGUUCAUCCCUCACCUUAGCUACAAGAAUUCAAUAAUUCCCACUCCCAUCAGCUUCUCCAGAUUCGCACGAUGAUGAUCCAGGCCAACACUCUCAACUAUCUGCUUUUCUUCACUUUCACCACUCUACUCUUUUCCUUCUGUCCCAGAUUUUCCUCAGCUCAAGGCAACAACAAUGCCACGAGAAACGCUUGCGAAAGUUACGGUGAGUGUGGAGCCUUCGGGAGCUGCAACUCGGAGGUCUCUCCUAUCUGUGCUUGUUUGCGGGGAUUUGAACCGUCGAACAAGCAAGAAUGGGAUUCUGGAAACUGGAGUCGAGGAUGUGUGAGAAGCGUUGCAUUGAACUGUCAAGAAAGUACAAGUGAUGGGCGCAGAAAAGAUGGAUUUGUGAAGAUAGAUAUGGUUAAAGUUCCGGUGUAUGCUCAGCGUUGGUUUGGAUCCAAAAGCGAGUGUCCACGGCUUUGCCUCAAGGACUGCUCUUGCGUGGCCUAUGGGCAUAACUCUGAUCUCGGUUGUAUGUUUUGGAAUAAUACGUUGAUGGACAUUCGCAAGUUUCAGAGUGGCUCGGGUUCUGGUUCUGAUCUCUAUCUUCGUGUGGCGAAUUCUGAACUAGAUCACAAGAAAGACUUCAAGGAAAUCAUUAUAGUUUUGGCUAUAAUCGGGUUCGUGCUUCUUAUGUGCGUUAUGUGUUUUUCUUGGAAAUGGGGAAGAGGCAAAAAGAGAACCAUUCUAAUUGAAGAACCGGGCACAUUAGAUUCAGUCGAUCCCUCUCUUCAAGACGCGCUAAGCAAAGUUAAUCUUGAAGAGCUACCAUUGUUCAAAUUUCAGACACUUGCACAUGCAACAGAUGAAUUCUCCGAUGCUAACAAGCUUGGGAAGGGUGGUUUCGGCCACGUUUACAAGGGAGAACUGGCGCACGGAAAGAAAAUCGCCGUCAAGAGGCUUUCAAAGGCGUCAGGACAGGGGAUGGACGAAUUCAUGAAUGAAGUCGUGCUGAUCUCUAAACUCCAACACAGGAAUCUUGUCAGAUUACUAGGAUGCUGUGUGGAGAAUAAUGAGAAGAUGCUGAUAUAUGAAUACAUGCCUAAUAAAAGCUUGGACUUUUUCCUCUUUGAUCAAUCACAAGACAUCCUGGAUUGGGGAAAGCGUUUUAACAUUAUCGUAGGCAUUUGUCGAGGCCUUCUUUACCUUCACAGGGAUUCUAGAUUGAAGAUAAUCCACAGGGACCUCAAGCCCAGCAACAUAUUGCUGGACAAUGACUGGAACCCCAAGAUCUCAGACUUCGGCAUGGCAAGAAUAUUCGGGGGCAACCGAGAUCAUAUCAGCACCGUAAGAGUGGUAGGAACAUACGGAUACAUGGCUCCCGAGUAUGCAAUUGAAGGGAGUUUUUCUGAAAAGUCGGAUGUUUUUAGCUUUGGAGUUUUGCUGCUAGAAAUUGUGAGUGGGCGAAGGAACACGAGCUUCUACAAUCACACGAGUUCCGCCAACCUUUUGGGACAUGUCUGGAAACUGUGGAAUGAAGACAACAUUGAAGCAACAAUAGAUGUAAGAAUAUGGAGUCGGAGCCACCGGGCCGAGGUGGUGAGAUGCAUACACAUAGGGUUACUAUGUGUGCAAGAACUUCCUAAAGACAGGCCAUCCAUUUCGGCUGUGGUCGGAAUGCUUAGCAGCGACAUCGUUGAGCUUCCGAGGCCUAAGCAGUCUGCAUUUGCCUUCACCUCGAGCCGGACAGAUACGAGUCAUAGUUCUUCCCAGCAGAGCCAGAAGAGCAGUUGCUCCUUGAACAACGUUACUCUCUCCGUGGUCAAUGGCCGCUGACACCCCAUAAAGAUUACUUUUUGUUCAAAUCAAGUUUGAUUAGUCCCAACUAAUCAGAUUACAAUUUUUGUCACAAUUGUUAUGUGAUUUAUCACCUUUGUAUACUACAUCGACCAUUCGUAUUAACAAGUGUAGAUUGUACCAUUAGAUAUGUUUAGGCCCGAUCAAAGUCAAUUUGAAUUAAAGAAAUUUUCAUAUAGAUCUGUACGUAUAUCCGCUAAGUCUUACAACUCUGUAAGUUCGACAUUUGUUGAAAUUGUAUUACUACUAUAUUCA